UGUUGCUGCCAUUUCAUCAGCAGAUUUUCCAAACAUUUCUCCAUCUUUAAAACAUAAAAGGGAAUAAAACAGACAACGCAGAAGAGCUCGAAGGCCACCGACUGUUUUAUCUCCAUAUGAAACCGCAGGAAAUGGUUUAUUCGCAUAUUCGUUUCUAAAUAAACGCGAGUUUAAAGGCGACGCGGUGGGGUUUGUUUCUCCCUGUCUUCGCAGUAAAGACCAGUUGUAGCAUUUCCCAGGGCAAGAGGUUUUGAAUGAGUUUGUAUGGUUUGCCUGGAAUCACAGUCGCUGUGCAUUUCCGAAGGAAAAUAUUCUUCAGAGCCAUGGAGUUUGUGGUUCCCAAGCUCUGAGAAGCUUAACCAAAAACGACAAGGUGAGACAUGGAAGCUAUAUGGCUGUACCAGUUCCGAUUGAUUGUAAUUGGCGAUUCGACAGUGGGGAAAUCAUGCUUAAUCCGGCGAUUCACCGAGGGACGUUUUGCCCAGGUGUCUGAUCCUACAGUGGGGGUGGAUUUCUUUUCUCGCCUGGUGGAAAUAGAGCCAGGAAAACGUAUCAAACUUCAGAUCUGGGACACUGCUGGGCAGGAGCGAUUCAGGUCCAUUACCAGGGCCUAUUACCGUAAUUCGGUGGGCGGACUGCUGCUGUUCGACAUCACCAACCGACGCUCCUUCCAGAACGUCCACGAGUGGCUGGAAGAGGCGAAGAGCCACGUGCAGCCACACAGCAUCGUCUUCCUGCUGGUGGGCCACAAGUGCGACCUGGAGGCCCAGCGGCAGGUGAGCCGGCAGGAGGCCGAGAAGCUGGCGGGUGCCUACGGCAUGCGUUACGUGGAGACCUCGGCCCGCGACGCCAUCAACGUGGAGAAGGCCUUCACGGACCUGACGCGGGACAUCUUCGAGCUGGUCAAGUCCGGGGACAUCACCAUCCAGGAGGGCUGGGAGGGCGUGAAGAGCGGCUUCGUGCCCAACGUGGUGCACUCAUCGGAGGAGGUCACCAAGGGCGACCGCCGCUGCCUCUGCUGAUCCCACCAUCUCCCCCUGCCCCCUGGGAUGCCCUUGUUGCUGUGGCCCCAACGAGCCCUGUCCCUGCAGCGCCAACUCCGCCCUCUACCUCACCCUAGACUCUACCCUACCUCCAAUCUCCCCUCCCUGACCCAGUUCCAGCCCUGUCUGCUGCUGCCCCCUCUACUUCCUGCUCCACCCAAGAUCUGUAUUUUGCCACAGAUAUCUCUUUCUCAUUUGGUUUGGGCAUUUUCAAACUACUUAUUGCCUUUUAGCUCUCCAACCUGGGAAAGUUGACCCCCCUUUCCUGAUUUUUUCCCCUUUCUCCUGUCACAGAUUUCUUUUGUGAUUUCAAAAAAGAGCCCAUAUCUACGGCUGAGCAACGUGAAGAGAAUCAGAGGGACAGCUAUAGAAGCCUCGUGGACUGAACCUGGUCUUGAUCUGUCCUUUUCUUGGUGCAGAUUUUCAGGAAAAUUGAGGAGACACAAUCUGUCAUAUCUCUUAGGGAAAUAUAUGUGAGACACAAUCUGUGGUAUCUCUUCUUUUUAUGUCUGUAAAGCUGACAAUAUGAGGUAAAAUCAAUGAUAGAGGGACAUGCCCUGUUUCUUAUGGUAUUCAAGCUGAUCUAUUGCCUACAAAAAGGGAAUGCACAGUACCUGAUCACAUGAACUGGUUCUCCUCAUGAGUACCAAAGGAGUGGGGACAGAAGAGAGAAAAUGCACUGUGAUACACUACAUUAAUCAGAAGUCUAUUGCAAGACAUCCCAAACUGACAUAAGGAAUUCAUGUUGAUGAUAAUGAAAGAUAUGAAUAUUGUCAUAAUUAAUAUAAAUGAGCGGGUGGGGGGGGGACAUGGCUUCCCUGAUGAAUUCAUGGAAUCUUUCUUUACUGAGAAUGAAUUGAAAGUUCUUGAAGUUUUUAAAAAGUUUUUAACAUUUAAGUCGCUGUGUUACUUUUCUGCAGGAUUCUUCCGUUACACCCUUGGGUAGAUAUUACAUGCCCACGCUACAGAAAAAUAUAACGAUAUAGCUUUAAAACAGGGCCAACAUUAUUUGUGCUGUUCGUGUUCUUGGUGAAGGAACACUAUUUAAUCACAAUUACUCAAACUCUCAUUUAUUUUAGUUGGUUUCACUCUUCUUCCUGUUGUGGUAAAGACUUUGCGUCUUGAGUCCACAGUGAUGCCUCCACUUUAGGGCAAGCUUAUUAUCUGUGUAUGACUUGUACCUCAUAUCUUACCUGCUAUGUACCUGUCUCCAUACCUUAUCUAUUCAUUUGAACUUCUCUGUUUUCUCACCUGUCGAUCAAAAGCUGAGUCUGCUCAGAUGCCCAACACUGCCUAUAAAUUUUUUGAAUCCAUUCAUCUUAUUACAAGGGCUUUCACAUACUCAGAGUGACACAAGCCUCGGAACAUAUAAUGGCAAUGAAGGUUGACAGAUCUAUGGCUAGUUGAUGUGGUCUGUGAAAGCAGCUCUCAGUGUCUUGGACAGUGGUCUCCAACACUCAUCCUGGUCCAGGUCUAUUGCCCAGUUUGUUUUCCAUUUGACCCCAAAUCACCAAUCUCAGAAUGAGUGGAGCAAGUCCCUGUGAACCAUGGACAAUUAAACCAGUCAUUUGUUUGAAAUGGUUGAGGUGGUUAAUUUCUCAGUGGUAUCACAGUGUUGUGAUUAAAACAUCCUUUAAAUGAAGACAUAUUGCUUUUCAUUUCACAUACAGAGAAUGCUUUUCUGACUGAAUUAAUGUGUGACAACCAGUGGAGUCCAAAACCUGUAGUAGAUGGUCUUGCUUUAACAAGUGCUAUUCAAACAAGGAU